GUCUGUUGUUUGGGUAAAGACAAAGGCAGAUCCCCUUGGUUAAUGUACUCGGGUGUGUUGAUAGGAUUGUGAAUGGUGAGACUCCCUGUAUGAUAAGAGGCGGUUUCUUUCUUGGAUUCAACAUGAAAUAAAGGCAAAGUGAUUAAUGGGUUCCCUUAAUCACCCCAUCUUGUCCCUUGUCAUUUCUAUUUGCUUCGAGACUAUGGCAUCUGACAAUUAGCUCAACCAAAAUGGUAUUUCUUCAUAGUGCCAGAAAUGGGAAUAAGUACAACUGGAGCUGGGAGAGAUACUAAGCAACAGACCACUCGGAAUUUACAACUUUUUCAAAACCCUACCAAUGAAGGAGCAGCAACGAAUCGUCGCAGAAGGAGUUGAUUUCUGAAUUCGAUGAGAGACGAUGCUUCCCCCAUUGACCCCUUCAAAUUUCGUCCCGGCGGCCUCGCUAGCGAAGGCGGAGGACUGGAAGCGAUCAAAACCUCUUCUCUCCCGAUCCUCCUCCAGCAUCGAUCUGCAAACCAGGUUUAUGAAAAGGAAGGCAACCCACCGCCAUCGCAGCCUGUCGUCGCCCGCAGGUCAUUCAUCAAAUGUUGACUGGAGGAAGGAAGCCGCCUCUACUUCUUCUCUUUCUCCCUUCAGACCGAUCGUUGUCUUCCACAAGCCGGCAAAGCCCCCUGUAGAAGUACUCGACAUCUGUGGCGUCGCCGUUGCCACCUGUCCACUGCCACAACCCAUCUUCUGGUGACGGGGGCGACAUCAGCUCAUGUUAAUACGAGACGAUAUAUUACUUCUAUAUCUUGGAUUGGCGCGAUGGGAUUUUUGGUAUUUGCAUUUAUGCGUGAGGUUCGGGUUGUGAGACUCCCAUUAUGCUAAAAAGGUCUUUUUUUCAAUUUCUUGGCCCACCCAUCUUCUAAGACGACCCCAAUCUAGUGCUUUGACGUCCCUCUCUUUUAGUGUGGGCUAAGUUUAGGCCCAUUCGACUCCUGGGCCAGUUCUGCUUGAUUUAAAGCUAGCAACUCCUUUGUUUUCUCUCCCUCUGUAGCUCGCAUUCCCAGCUACGAUCUCGUCCAAUUAUUCCCCCAGCUAAUUCAAUCUCUUCUUUCUCUUUUAUUCUCCUAAGCCAAAAAGCUGCUCCUCGAACACAAAAGUAAUAGAUUAAUCCGGUGAAA